GGAGCGGCGGGCGCGCGAAGCUCUGUGGGGCGGACGGCACUUCCGGCGGUACCGGGACCGGGAUCAGGACCGGGACAUGCGGGUGCGCGUUCGGAGCUGGCACGGAGUCGCGUCCUGGCUGUGGGUGGCCAACGACGAGAACUGCGGCAUCUGCCGGAUGGCGUUCAACGGCUGCUGCCCCGACUGUGAGUGCGGUACCGGCACCGGCACCGGGCGCUGCGCGCCGGGCGGGGCUGACGGUGUGUCCGUGCCGCAGCAGGUGCAGCAGCACUGCCCCAUGUGCCGCCAGGAGUGGAAGUUCCGCGAGUGACGGCGGCACCGGGCACCGGGCACGGCCGUGACCCGCCCGGCCCGGCCAAUAAACGUGCGACGCCAGUCCGUGUCCGUGUCUGUGUCCGGUGUCCCGCGCUCGGGUCGGUGCUCGGAGCGGGGCCGGGCAGUGACUCCGCCGCCCCGGGAAGCAGAGCGGGGCGGGACCCCCGCGCGGGCGCUGCUCGCCCUGUGCCGCCCCGCCGAGCCCCGUUCCUGCGGACGGCCCGGCCCCGCCGCUGCCCCUGGGCAGGACCUCGGCGCCGCUCUCCGGCCCGUGCCGCUCACCAGCUCCGACACCGGCGGCUCUGCCCAGCCCGGCCCGCUCCCCCGGGCUCUGCAGUGAGGACCGGGGUCGCCCCGGGGCCUGACUGCCCCGGUACCCCGGGGAGUGUGCGGGGCCUGAGCAAGGCCGGGGGCCCUGGGGUGACAAUAAACGUGCUCGGGAUGGC